AUGGUGGGGGGCAGGGCACCGAACCUAAUGCACAGGCGGGCAGCGGAACAAGAGGACGGGCGCGACUGCGCGGACACUCUCGGGCAAGAGGCCCGCGUGAGGGCGCACGCGGGCUCCCUCGUCUCCACGCGUGGCGCACGAGAGAAGGCGCCUCGCCUUCGGGAUGUCUCGCCUCCGACGGAUGCCGACGGAAGCAGAGUGGCGGCGGGUCCGCCCGCCAGCUUGCGGUCGGCGGAAGGCGGCGGGAGCGAGAGCGAGACGGCAACAAGCUGGGAUUCGGGAUGUCCCGAGUCGGCCGCGUGGAGUAUUGCGCUGUCGGCCCGCGUGACGCCGCCGCGUGAGGUCUUCACGUCCCAGCGCGAAGGGCUCCCUUUGUUGCGUCGCCCAGGUGGACAUCACCCCAGAGCAGUUCGAGCACUUCUGCCAGCACGGCCUGCAGAAUAGCAAGGGCCUGCACCACCUGCUGGUGGAGCAGCUGCUGAGCGUGGACGACUUCCUGACCUUCAAGGCUAUGAUGUGCAAGAGGAACGUCGACUUGUACGCGGAGUCCCUGCAGCGGGUAGCGCAGG